GUUUUUGUAAAAUAAAAAAUCUCUUCUUUUUUCGAUUAAAUUAUUUAUUAAAUUAUUAUAAAUAUUAGAAAUGGAAGAUAAUGGAUCAAAAAAGAAUAGUUUUACUGAAAAUUUAGUAGAUAGUGCUUUCAUUAGAAGCUGCUGAACAUAACAAACGGACUUGUGUAAUGUUAAAACAACGAGUUCGUAUUGCAGAAUUAGCUAUACGAGAACUUAGAGAAAAAAGAAAAGAAAGAAAGGAGUUUUUUAAUAAAACAAAUUAUAUACGUUUACAGGAAUUAUCUGGCAUUAUAACACGAAUUAAAAAUUUUAUAUCAGAAAUUUCUCAAAUGAAAUCUUUGAUAAAACAUAUUAAAGCGAAAAAUACUGAGAAACUUUUUAAAGAAUUAUGUAUGGAAUUCGACAGUUGUAUUAACUUAUUGUCUUUUUCUAUUGACAUUAAAAUUGCUGAUGAACUUGCGCAAUUAAAAUCCGACCAAGAUGAUUUAUUUAAAUAUAUACUAGGAAUGGAGGAUGGUACUAUCAAAAAAAUUGGAGAUGACGUUUCAUAUGUUAAGGAUGACACGGAAGAAAUUAAAGCCUGCCUCGCAAACUUAAGUAAAGAGUUUUCCUCAACAGUUGUAAAAGUAAAUGCAAUGAAUAAUACAAUGGAAAAAUUUAUGAAAGAGCCUUCUCAAAAUCAAACAAAAAUUGAUAAUAUCUUUCAAGCACAUACGCUAAAAAUAUCUGAUUAUAAACAGGAUGAUAAAGAGAAACCACGUAAAAAAGGACGUGUAACUAAGUGGUGUGAUAUAAAAAUUGAAUGUGUAGAAUUCGCUUUUAAAACUAUUUCUGAUAAAGAAGACCAGAAGAUUGUACAAAAUCAAGUUACAAUUCUUAAAGAACUUCAUGACUGGCAAAACAUCAUAAAAUUUUAUGGACUUACUUGUGAGGGAAAUAAAUGGUAUUUGGUGACUGAAUGGGCCGAAUAUGGUAAUUUACGUGAAUUUUAUCAAAAUAAACAUGAUUUUGACCUUAAAUUAAAAUUACGUAUAUCCCUUGAUAUUGCUCGUGGAUUAAAUUUUUUAAGAGCCGUUGAGGUAAUUUCAUAAUCGGCUUUUAAUUAACGAAAUUUUUAUUUAAUGGUUUAAUAUUUUUUUUUUUCUUUUUUUUUAAGAUUGUUCACCGUGAUAUUAGGGCUGAGAAUAUAUUAAUUACACUUAAUGAGACAGCAAAACUUGCAAAUUUUAAAUUAAGUCGUUACUUAACCUCGGCUACAUUAAAUCAUAGUCAAAAUUUAGAACGAGUUC